AUGGCGGCCGCUCAGGUUAUUACCAAUUCGGGGCACGAAGACAUGAUUCAUGAUGCCGGUCUGGACUAUUACGGCCGACGAUUGGCGACUUGUUCAUCUGAUAAGACGAUCAAGAUCUUUGAGAUUGAGGGAGAAUCACACCGCCUGGUCGAGACUCUAAAGGGUCACGAAGGCGCCGUGUGGUGUGUCGCAUGGGCACAUCCCAAGUUUGGCACAAUUCUAGCUUCGUCUUCCUACGAUGGCAAGGUCUUGAUCUGGCGCGAACAACCACAAAAUGCGACCUCUCCAUCCUCCGGUAGCUCUUGGACCAAGGUCUUCGACUUCUCUCUCCACACUGCUUCAGUGAACAUGGUAUCCUGGGCACCUCACGAGAGCGGCUGUAUCCUGGCUUGCGCAUCAUCCGAUGGCCACGUCAGUGUGCUCGAGUUCCGUGAUAAUGCGUGGACACACCAGACUUUCCAUGCUCAUGGUAUGGGUGUGAACUCGAUCAGCUGGGCGCCCGCGGCCACAGCGGGGAGCUUGAUCAGUUCCAACCCCGGUCCGGGCCAGCAGCGACGAUUCGUGACCGGUGGAAGCGACAACCUCAUCAAGAUCUGGGACUACAACGCCGAGUCCAAGACUUACAACCUCACUCAAACUUUGGAGGGUCACUCAGACUGGGUUCGGGAUGUGGCCUGGUCACCUAGCAUUUUGUCCAAGUCAUACAUCGCUUCAGCUUCGCAGGACAAGACCGUCCGCAUCUGGACCUCGGAUACCUCCAAUCCCGGCCAGUGGACUAGCCAAACGCUUGAAUUCGACACUGUCCUGUGGCGGGCAAGCUGGAGUCUGAGCGGGAACAUCCUAGCUGUCAGUGGCGGCGACAACAAAGUCAGUCUGUGGAAGGAGAACCUGAAGGGCGAAUGGGAAAAGGUCAAGGAUAUUGAGGAGUGA